UUUUUUUUUUUUCCGGGUUCGGAGCCAUUCCGGAUGCUUUAGGCUGCCGGAUGUCUGAUCUCCGGAUAACUGAGGCGUUUCUGUACAUGGAUUAUCUGUGUUUUCGAGCGCUUUGCUGCAAGGGACCACCCCCUGCGCGCCCAGAAUAUGAUUUGGUUUGCAUAGGCCUCACAGGCUCUGGGAAGAGCAGUCUGUUGUCCAAGCUCUGCAGCGAAAGUCCAGAGAACGUUGUGUCGACCACAGGUUUUAGUAUAAAGGCAGUGCCAUUCCAGAAUGCCAUCUUGAAUGUAAAAGAACUCGGAGGAGCUGAUAAUAUCCGGAAAUACUGGAGCCGCUACUACCAAGGAUCUCAAGGAGUAAUAUUCGUCUUAGACAGUGCCUCCUCAGAGGACGAUUUAGAAACGGCUAGAAAUGAACUGCAUUCUGCUCUUCAGCACCCACAGCUAUGCACUUUGCCCUUUUUAAUAUUGGCCAAUCAUCAAGACAAGCCCGCAGCGCGCUCAGUGCAAGAGAUCAAAAAAUAUUUUGAACUUGAACCCCUUGCACGUGGCAAACGCUGGAUUCUGCAGCCCUCCUCACUAGAUGAUAUGGACGCACUGAAAGACAGCUUCUCCCAGCUCAUAAGCUUGUUAGAGGAAAAGGACCUGGAGGCCAUGAGAAUGUGAAGUCUGACACAGAGUUAGUUCCCCCAGAGCCUUGAAUCCAUCAUGUUAGCUUCCCAUUCUGGUUUCAUGUUGGUGUCAAGACUGUCGUGGCUUCGGUAUCUGCUCUUCUCUCGCUCCUUCAGCCUCUCAUCUCUCUGCUAAGUGACUGUUCCGUAAGUCAGGUGAAUUAUCCUCGGCAUUAACGUCAAGUACACACUACUGAGGGAGAGUUGAUUCUCUGUUUACCACUAAUUAUCUUCACCGCAUGUCUCUUCCUUCUGUUGGCCUAAGACUCUCUUCUGGGCUUUGUGCUAAAGUGGAUGGAACUUGCGGCUCAUGGAAAUGAAACCCUUCUGAGGAACUCAGACUCCCACAUCUUCACUAACUUCCCUGGGUUUGAGCUUAGACGAUUGGAACUAGACUCCACACGAUGUAUAUGCCAUUUCCAUGAUCUUUUAGAGGUUCAAGUUUUUUACACUUUAUUUUGUCUUGUCUGUUUUUCGUGUGUGUGUGUGUGUGUGUGUGUGUGUGUGUGUGUGUGUUUACUUUAUAGGCUAUGAGUGAACGUGACCACCCAAAGCUUCGCCUGCUCAUCUUUUCACAAAACUGGCUCUAAAGAACCGAGAAAGUGGAUGUCUUAUACUUACUUGGUUCUGCCUGCAGCCAUGUGUCCUCCCUUAGGAGGACAGCAUCCUGGUUGAGAGAGUUGGAGCAAAUUUAGGCAAGCACAGGCACCACUGAGUCCCAUUUGAUUAAGUCCGCAGAUAUUUAAUAGGGUCAUUAAUCUGCAAAAAGCUAAGCUGUAGCGUAAGCAUUUGUUUUCUCUAAAAAAUAAACUCAGAAAUGUUUGAAUGAAAUCAAGAAGAUGACUUUUCAAGUAAUAAACAGCCAAAGUCUAAUCCACGGUUGGGAUUUGAUGAAGCUCAAAGGCACACCCUGUUACUUAUUCAUCAGUGCUGAUGCUGACUGGGGGAGUCCGCUCAGGCCUCCAUUUAGUAAAGGUCUCAGUAUUUCUAUUAUAAACCUCUAUUUUCAGGGGUGUCCUGUACCCUUAGCGUAUGCUGGGCUACAGCAGAUAAAUAGAGGGCCUACACUCAGCCUUUGGAACUAACUUUUUCCACUUAGUUGAAAUGAUAAAAUUGCAUAGAACAAUGUACAGUUUUAGUAAGAUUUAACACCUUUGACCUUUUCUAAAUCAGGAAUAAUUUAUGAAUAUUGAGGCUCAUGGAUGAAAAAUUUAUUGGCACAUCUUGUAAAUGUUUGACCACUUAUUCACUAUAUACAAAGUGGCCAAAAGAGAGAAAACUGCUCCCUGCAUCCAAGCAAUAAAAAUAUAGGUCUCUCGUUUUUCAGUACUGUACCUUGAUGCCACAGACUUAAUGCCAUAUUUAUUGCAGAGUGACAGAAAACCUGUGACUCUCCAGAGGACAGUCUUCAAACCCCUCACAGUGCUCAGAUGAAGUGAUUUCAUCUCGUAAAUGGAUUUUAAUUAAAACAAUCCCGCACUUCUUUAAGCCUUUUAAAAUAUAUACACGGCAUAGACCAGAGAAGGCUCCAUGGUGAUUCAUUUUGUCUAAAGUAUCCCUGAAUAAUUCUCACUCCGUGGGAUGGUCGAUGGACAGCACAAAUCUUUAAUUCCUUUUUUUUUUUUAUUUUGUCCUCUCUUGCUCAUCUCCGUGAAAAUAAAUGAUUUUUUUCUUCCAGGCUUUGCUCUCUCUCCCUGCAAGUUCAUUAAAUGUAGAAUGUUGUCUUUUUGAAGAUACUGUGGCUGAGUGCUCCUUGCCAUCUGUUAAAUGACUUCCCGUUGUCUGUGUGUGUUCAUGUGCGCCAGCGAUGGGCUUCUCUGCAGCGUCGCAGCCGUCAGAAUGAAAACAUUAUCAAUCAGUACCCAACAACAGCUGUUUUUGACAAGUUUCUGUCUGACGCCUGAUGCUUUACAACUGUCAAUAAGGCUCUUUCUUUGUCUAGCGGGUCGGAGCGCGCUGUCUUAUUGCUCCUCUUGGCAUCCCGUCUCUGUAACCCUAGAAUUCUCCGUGUUUGGGAAACCCGAGUGGGGGAGGGGCGAGGGAAGGGACGGGGCUGUGUGUCUUGUUCUUACUUUUGUGUAAGGUGCCACAGGUGUCUUAGUUUGCAUAUUCAAAUAUCUAUAUAGGAAAACAGUCUGUUAUGUAUUUCUUCGGUUAGCAUCUUGUUAUAUUUAUGGAAGUGACCCAUUUUUGUACCUUCUUAGCUGAAGCAGUUGCCUUUUUUCUACUGGCAAUUUAUUUAUAUAAAACUUUGUAUCUACCGUAGUUUACAGUAUUGGUUGCUGGGUAACUGCUAUAUUACCCUGUCUUUCUAUUGAGAUAUAACCUAUACUUAAAGGUUGACCGGUUCAUGUGGACGUUUGCUAGGCAAGGAGAACCUUGCCUGGCCCGUGAUUUAUAUGAUUUCCACUAUCUUACAAUGAAAAUAAAUGCUUAGUAGAACUGG